AUGGGGACGCUGCGGGAUUUACAGUAUGCCUUGCAAGAAAAGAUCGAGGAGCUUCGGCAGCGAGAUGCGCUCAUUGACGAGCUGGAGCUGGAGCUGGAUCAGAAGGACGAGCUGAUCCAGAAGCUGCAGAACGAGCUGGACAAGUACCGCUCCGUGAUCCGGCCCGCCACCCAACAGGCGCAGCAGCAAAGCUCCAGCACCUUGCAGGGCGAGCAGAGGACCAAGAGGCAGGCCAUUUCCGCCGAGCCCACGGCUUUUGACAUCCAGGACCUCAGCCAUGUCACCCUGCCUUUCUACCCCAAGAGCCCACAGUCCAAGGAGUUAAUAAAGGAAGCUAUCCUCGACAAUGAUUUCAUGAAGAAUCUGGAAUUGUCUCAGAUCCAGGAGAUUGUGGAUUGUAUGUAUCCAGUGGAAUAUGGCAAAGACAGUUGCAUCAUCAAAGAAGGAGAUGUUGGCUCACUGGUAUAUGUCAUGGAAGAUGGAAAGGUUGAGGUUACAAAAGAAGGAGUAAAGCUGUGUACUAUGGGGCCUGGGAAAGUGUUUGGAGAACUGGCUAUCCUAUACAACUGCACCCGGACAGCUACCGUCAAAACUCUCGUAAAUGUGAAACUUUGGGCUAUUGAUCGGCAAUGUUUCCAAACAAUCAUGAUGAGGACUGGCCUUAUCAAGCAUACAGAGUAUAUGGAAUUUUUAAAAAG